AUGACAUUUAUGAUCUACAGCAGCGCCAACUACACGGAUCCAGCAGCCAAGGUCGGGGCCGGUGUUCAGGCAGCGAGUGAACAUGGAUAUCAAGUCGUAGGAGGCUCGUGUCCUGCUGUGGGUGUAGCUGGCGGAUGGGUACCUGGAGGAGGCCAUGGGCCUCUCACUGGUGCAUAUGGACUCGGUGCCGAUAACGCCCUUGAGUUUGAAGUUAUUACAACAGAGGGUAAACGUCUCAUCGCUUCGCCUACCCAGAACCUUGAUCUUUACUGGGCUCUCAGUGGGGGCGGUCCCGGAAACUAUGCAGUAGUCAUUUCUAUCACGACGAAAGCCCAUAUCGAUGUCCCCGUCGUGGGUGCAAAGUUCGAUUUUGAGAAUACCGACUACGAUACUUUCUACGCAGCCAUCACAGCAUACAUGAAACACUUGCUUGUUCUGGACAAUUUAGUUGGGUUCAAGGCUGUGGGGGCCUUCGCCAGAGACCUUUUCAGAAUGGAUUUUGCCACUUGGCCUGGAGCUACAGUUCAAGAUAUGAAUGCCGCAUGGGCACCUUUCUUAAGCGAGCUCGAAGCCCUCAACAUUUCAUUGACGUUCAACGACACGAAAUUAUUCCCUACCUUCUAUGAGCACUACAAGUAUUUCGGAACCGAUGUUUACACCAGGAAUGCAACCGCCGGAAGCUGCUUCAUUCCGCGCUGGCAAGUGGAGGAUAAUGAGCGUAAUCUUCCGGAACUAGUUGAUACCAUGAGAAGUAUGGCCAAAAACUAUUCGGCAGUUCUCAACGUGAUCAACUCGAACGUAACACAUUUGCGUGUUGACAACACUCCAGAGUCUAACUCUGUUUGCCCGGGAUGGAGAGAUUCGCUAGCUAAUUUGGUCAUUGUUAUUCCUGUUCUCGAAGAUGCGCCAUGGACUGAAUUGAAAGCUCGCCAAGCGGUGAUGAAUGACUAG